AUCGCCUUCACGUGAUUAAACCCGGAAGAAACCAGUGACAACAUUCCUAUCUAGAAUAUUUAACAUCUCGUGAUAUAUUUAUUUUUAGGAAAACGUAGCUAAAUCUAAUUUAAUCAGUAAUAUUUUCACAUCCAUUUUGCUGCGAGAUUUAUUUACACAUUGUUUUUUCCUUGUUGGGUUGCGUUUCAAAAUAGAUUAGUCCUUAAGGUGCCUUCCCUUGGCGGAUGUGAGCCUGUAGAGGGCGCUGUUUCAGCACACUACUGAGUGGAGUAAAGAGCGAUUUGGGACGCGUCAGGAAGAGGAAAGGUCAUGUGACUGCAGCCGGACAGUCGAGUGUAACUCGAGUUCUGAGGUGUUAGAGCGGGGUUCUGUUGUUCCUGUAGAGAUGUACACCCUGUCCCUGAGCCUGCUGGUCCUGCUCUCCGCGCUGCUGCUGUCGCUCCCGGUACACGCCGCGCUCUUACCGCUGGUCAUAAACACCUGGAGCUUCGAGAACGCCACUGUCGCAGCGUGGCGCUCCUUGCAGGCGGGCGCGUCUCCUCUGGACGCCGCACAGAGAGGAUGCUCGGUGUGUGAAGUGGAGCAGUGUGACGGCAGCGUGGGGUUCGGAGGACAUCCUGAUGAGACGGGCGAGACCACGCUGGACGCCCUGAUCAUGAACGGUGACACGAUGGAGGUGGGAGCAGUGGGAGACCUGAGGAGGGUGAAGAAUGCAGUGGGCGUGGCUAGAGCCGUGAUGGAGCACACGCAGCACACCUUCUUGGUGGGAGAGUCGGCAUCGGUGUUUGCUCAAGACAUGGGCUUCACGACUGAAAGUUUGUCCACCCCCGAGUCUGUGAACACCUUCUCCCAGUGGCUGAAUCAGAAAUGCCAACCGAACUACAGGAAAAACGUUUCUCCGGAUCCUUCCGUGUCGUGUGGGCCGUAUAAACCCCGAGCUGUAGUGAAGCCGAAGCAGAAGUGGGGACUCGUUGACCGUCGCUCCCACGAUACCAUCGGAAUGAUUGUGAUUGGACAGACCGGUCAGGUGGUUGCUGCGACGUCUACAAACGGAGCUUCGUCUAAAGUUCCAGGCCGUGUCGGAGACUCUCCGAUUGUCGGAGCCGGUGCAUAUGCAGACAGUUCAGUAGGGGGCGCUGCAGCGACGGGUGCCGGUGACACCAUGAUGCGUUUCCUGCCAAGUUUUUUGGCGGUGGAGUUGAUGAGGUCGGGGGCCGAACCGACCGCCGCAUGUCAAACCGCCAUCUACAGGAUAAAGAAGCAUUACCCAGAAGUCUUUGCGGCAGUCAUCUGUGCCAACAGCACCGGCGGAUUCGGUGCAGCGUGUAAUAAAAUUUCAGGCUUCACGCAGUUUCCCUUCAGUGUGUUUAAUCCUCACAGCAACAAACCUCAGCUGCACAAAGUCGACUGCGUGUAGCACCGAUCUCACACACACACACACGCACACAUUUAAGCACAGAUGUCAUGUUUGAUUAUCACUUGUUUGUAAAUUAUAAUGUAAUUAUAAAGGUUUUAAUAAAUAUUUUUUUCCAGA